AAUCAGAUCUCCUGGACUAUGAAAAUUUUGGAACAAUAUUUUUAUUGUUGAUCAGUGUUGUGGAUCGCUACGAGUUUCACAAAAAUCUUAAAGAUGUAUUACGCGACGAGAAAGGAUUCUGUCAUACAUGGAUUCUUCAAUCGUCGGUUUCAUGUGAACCCGAAAUGUUGGAUGUAGAAAAACACACGACUGUAGAACAUUGGGUCGAUGAGAUAUUGACGUAUAAAAAUAUUUCUGAUCAGACUAUCAGGGAGACAAAUCCUCGGAUAUUGAUCGAGUUGGCGCCUACAAUAUUUAAGAAGAUGCUUAAGACAACACGGAAUGAUUCCAGUGUCGAGACACUACCAAUUUUAGAAGCUUUCUUGAAUCCCCAUACAUCAUAUGCAUUAAUUGGUGUCAUUCAAUGGCUAUGCGAUGAUAUUUACUUUAAAGGACAAAAUUCACCGUCAUCAAAAGUUCUCAAAUAUUUGAUGGCGCACGAGAAUUUUCCUCCUCAAAUUAUGCGAUUGGUAGGAGCGAGGGUGUUAUCUAUCUUUGAUCGUUUGACGGGUAGCUUGCCAUCUGUGGAAGAAAACGAAUUCCUUGUUAGAAUCAAUAUCACAGCCCUAGCUCUUCAGACAAGUAAAUAUUCAGUACUUCAC